ACCAAGGUGGAUCACCAAGAAGCAAGCUCUUGGAUUGUUAUAUAAUGCACAGAUGUUUUCAGUCAGUGAUGUCAGUGAAGAUACUAAGAAGGAUGGUUUAAUCUGUGUGAUUGAUUCUACCAAGUGCCCGAUAUCUAGUGCAUUAGGAGGGUAUAGUGUUCUUGCAAAUGUGCAAUCUUCUGAGAAGUUCAUUGGUAAAAUGAAGGAAAAAGGAGUGGAAAUUGAUUGGUUUGAAGUAAGAGGAAAACUUUGGUCGAGACGGAGACUUGUUCUGAGGGGGGGUGAUGGCAUGUUUCAUCUGCUGCAGUGGAAACAGCAUCAUAACACAGAGACAACGGGUGCUGCUGCGGCCGUUACGGGUGAAGCACACGAGCUGCCACAUGGGAACUCUGGAGCCAGUACUUCGGGUGAAACGACACAGGGGCUGGGACUGGAGAUGAAGGCUUUAAUUCAGAAUGUGUGUUUGCAGUUUGAUCAGUUCCAAGCGACGGUCUCAAUACAACUAUCUGAGAUCAACAGUAAUAUUCAGAGAAUUGAUAGUCGUGUUCAGUCUAUUGAGCAGCAGCUCAGCUCAACUCCCACCAUGGGAUCGACACUGACAGGCCGGCAAUCAAGCAGCGGCAGUGGUGAGGACAAAGAGGGGGUCUAGGCAAAAUUUUACACUGAAGAGAAUGUCAGCUCCUACGACUUACAGCUGCUCACGCUUUGCACUUGUACAUACGCUCAAACUCAAAUGAAAGUGGAGGGACACGGAUAGUUUUGGUGUAGCUCAAACUUGGUGCUUUUCUUCACUCACUACCUAGUAUCAAAUGAUACAGUAAGGGGCUUAUUUCUAGUACUAGUCAGCUGCAAGGACCAGCUCACAUACUACUCUUCUAGUGUGAACUCUUGACUAGUGAAAGCCAGGAAGUCAGGCCACUUAUCUACUGCAGUGCUAUUCUGACAUUCUAUUCUGACAUGUACAUUAACACCUUAUCUUGUCUUGCUGCUAUUUGCUCA